AUGUCGGUGAGUGUGCAAGUGCGCUCCAUUGAGAAAUUGCACGGUUCUUCCCGAAAACUUCGUUGCAGGACCUGAAAAACGUGCCGUUUUUGCCGAUUUUACCGCUCCAAAAGCCGCCGGACGAGCGCAAGACCCUCCAGAUUCCCAUGUUCACAUUCGCAAAAGAUCGCGGCGUCGGCCAAAUGCUCUUCGAGCUCUCGGCUCUUUUCGGCCUCGCUCGACAGCUCGGAAGGGUUCCUAUUCUGAACGGAAUCAAAGACGCGAAAAUUAUCGAUCGGAUGAGAGAGAUUAGAGAGCAUUUUCCGAAGUUUGGCGAGAAAUUCGAAGAAAUCAAUGUGCAGGUUUGUUGGCGUUUUUCGGCGUCAAAAAUCCAAAAAAUUGAAGCUCACCGACGCGUUUUCCAUAAAUUUCAACAUUCGCUAUUGUUGUGUGCACGAAACGCCGCCGAAAUCGGCCGAAUUGAUUCCCCAACACGUGCUUCUCAACGGCGUUUAUUUCCAGGUAUGCAAGUGCGCUCCACUGCACUUUUCUCCUCGAAAAUCUUCAGAGUUUCAAAUAUUUCAACCAUUAUCGAUCGGAAAUUCGUGAAUUUUUGCGGCCAAAACCGCAAAAUUCGAUCCGCUCCGAAGCGAUCAUUCCGGAAGAGUUUCGCGGAAAUUUUUUGUGAGCUACGCUGAAUAGUGAAUUUUAUUGAUUUUUGUGGGAAAUUUUAGAAUUUGUACGCACACAAAACAAAAAGAAGUCGUCGACGCCGGAAUUUCAAAGCCUUCCGACCCGUUUUUCACACGGGCGGCCACCGAUUUUCUGGUGAAAAAAUGUGCACAUUUCUUUUCAAUUUAAAAACAUUUAUAAAACAAUUUUUAGAUCAAUCACAAGAAAACACAGAUAUUACAGUGGCUUUAUUGGGAAACGGCCCGAUUUGGGCGCACGAUUUAUUUUACGGUACGAAAUUUGAAUUUCGCGACGACAGGAUUACUGUAGAGAAGUUUAAAGGCGCAGAACGGACAUUUUUGCAGAUAAAUUAGGAAAGUCUAGUAUUUUUCUGCCGCCGACCGACGUAAUGACGCCCGAAUCGUCGCCAAAUUAUACUGUAAAAACGAGAAACAAAUUAGGAUACGAAUUUCAACAAAUUUCUCAGGCAAUUCUGACGCUCGGACUGUUGCCGGCCGACGAUUUGGCAUUUUCCCGAAAGUUCUGUGACGUCAUUCUGCUCACGGCGCCGACGAGCUCGUUCGGCUGGUGGCUCGCGUAUUUGGCGAAGGAAAACGCGCAAGUUUAUUAUCGGUAUGCAAGUGCGCUCCACUGAACUUGUUUUUUCGGGAAAUUGUACAAAUUUUUGUAGAGAUCCAGCUGAAGUGAAGGAUCAAAUUGUGGCGGAAAUGAAGGAGGAGGACUAUUUCCCGGAAUCCUGGCAGAAAUUAACCAGUUCUCAAGUCGAAUCUCGGAAAAAAGCAAAAAAUUUGGACAAUCAUGUUGAAUUAAAUAAAUAA